GCAGCAGCAGCAGCAGCAGCAACAGCAAGAGCAAGACGAACAGCUGCAAGAGCGGCCAGAGGAACAACAGCUGACGAACCAGUCAUUGAGCAUUCUGGAGCUAUCGUCCAGUGUCAGUGGCUGCAUCGCUGACAACACCAACAACCUGAUCAACAAUCACUUGAUGAGCAUCAAGAACAACGAUAUAAAUGAUUGCAACAAGGACAGCGCCAUUAAUAUUAACAGCAGCAGCAACAACAAUAUACUGAACAGCAGCAGCCACUGCAAAGAGCUCAACAACAUGGACUCUGAGCUGGAGAUGCACACGGCCAUGCUGCCGCCCACAGAGCUGGAGUCUGUGCAGCUAUUGGACCAGCAUGGCGACAACAAGCACAACAUUGAUGAUGUGCCAACAACAAGCCAGCAUGCGCACAGAUCUGUGGAUGCAACCACAACUGUUGCCGCCUAUCAGCCGCCACUGGCCGAUAAUGGAGCGACAUUGAAUCAUGAAGCGCGACGCUGGCAUCGCAUCUCAUUGAUGGUGCCCUGGAUCAAGGUGUUGCACGAGCGUCCCAGCCAAGUGGCAACGGUGUUGCCGCCGCACAAUCUGACCAUUGCCAUUAGCACUGAUCUGGACACUCUUCGCAAUGAUGAUAACUAUAACAACAACAACAACAACAACGAUGUGAAUAAUACUAAUGCCAUCAGCAAUAACCCCAUCGAUCAAGAUAAUAGUAUUAGCAAUAUUAGCUCAGCAUUGGCAGUGCCCGACAGUGAUAACUUCGAGAGUGUCUGCGGACCAUCGUUAAUGCAAGAGGACUUGAUAGAGAUCAUGGAACUGGACGAUGACGGCCAUGUGCCUACAAUGCAUGUGAUGCAUAGCGCAUUCAAGUAA